UUCGCCAACGCCGUCCGUACGCCGCGCUCGCUCUCCACUCGCACUAAACUUAAUACGUACUUGCUACGAACUUAACUUACUUAUUACGUAUUAAACAUACUACGUAUUUCUAAACUACCAGGCUAUUGAAGACACGAAUACAGUAUCAAUUAUUUUAACUAACCAAAAACAUCCCGUUUGUUGGUAAACAUUAGCGUCAAUGUUUGAAAGAUUCAGAUGGAUAUCUCAUGUUUCAAAAUUUGACGAUCACGCAGAGAAUCUCUCAUGACUGGAAAUAUGCAGCAGCCUUGGUGGCUAUACUUGCUUGCUGUAUUCUGGAUACGUCUUGAUUCUAAGCUCGUAGGUCAAGCCUUCCAACCGGAAUUCGCGGAACCUUUAUCAAAUCUAACAGUACCCAUUGGCCGUGAUGCUAUAUUCAGAUGCUUAGUUCAAAAUCUUGGAGGUUAUAGAGUUGGUUGGGUAAAAGCGGAUACUAAAGCAAUACAAGCCAUACAUGUGCAUGUAAUAACAAAUAAUCAUAGAGUCAGCGUAUCACAUAACGGUCAAACAAUUUGGAAUUUACACAUCAGGAACGUUCAGGAAGAAGAUAGAGGUCAAUAUAUGUGUCAAAUUAAUACAGACCCGAUGAAAAGUCAGAUGGGUUACCUGGAUGUUGUCAUACCUCCUGACUUUAUUUCGGAGGAAACAUCAGGCGAUGUGAUGGUACACGAGGGUAGCGCGGUGCGGGUGUCGUGUCGUGCUCGCGGCCAGCCCGAGCCGCGCGUCAUGUGGCGGCGAGAAGACGGAUCAGAUUUUGUAAUUAGAUAUACAAAUGGAACUAAAACUAAAGUGUCAAUAUAUGAGGAUGCAGUACUAACGUUCAGCAAAAUCUCGCGAUCUGAAAUGGGUGCAUACCUGUGCAUUGCGAGCAACGGUAUACCACCUUCUGUCAGCAAAAGGAUUGUUAUCAAAGUACAUUUUCAUCCAGUUAUUCAAGUACCCAAUCAGCUAGUGGGGGCGCCACUUGGUACCGACGUCACAUUGGAAUGCUAUGUGGAAUCAUCGCCAAAGUCCAUUGUCUAUUGGGUGAGAGAUUCAAAUGAAAUGGUAAUAUCGUCAGAGAAGUAUGAAGUGCUUAAUACAAUGUUGAGUCCCUUCGAGAGUCGUAUGACGCUGACCAUACGUGGAAUGGAGAAGAUAGAUCUUGGAGGCUACAGAUGUAUUGCGAAAAAUUCACUCGGCGAAGUGGAUAGUAACAUCAGGGUGUAUGAAAUUCCAGGCAAAGAUCGAAUUAAAAGUCUAAGCACAGAGCAGAAUAAAGAAGAUUAUAAAUAUUCAACACCGCUAGAAGGUCCUGACAACCAAUUCGGGUCCGCGGACACAUCUGAUGAUGAAGACGAAAAUGAUACAUCAACAGAUUUUGUCAAUAAAAUGUUAAUAACUGAUUCCAGUGGCAGUAUCAAUAAAACGUUGCAAUUGACGCGUUCAAACGCAAUAAGUAAAUUAAACUUAAGUAACAAAGUUAAAAAAAUUACAAAUAAAUUUGAUAUAGAUAAUCAAAAUAAUAAUGCUUGUAGAAAUUGUAAUGUACCAAUAAUACUUAUUUUAUCGUUUGUAUUAAAGAGUGUUAUAUGUUUGUAAUAUUUCGUUUUCAAAAAUUGAAAUUAAUAUAUUAAUUGUACAUAAUGUUAGCUUUUUUCCCUUAUGUAAGCACCAUAGGCUCCAGAGUCGGAUGUAAUGGGGCGCCUGCGGUACCCCUAAGAUCAUUGUAAAAUUUCCAUUAAAACAAAAAAAAGGGGCGCCACAAAAAUCUCGCCCAGGUCGCCGGGAAUGCUGAAACCGGCCCUGACUAACAUACAAUCGAGUUAAAUAGUAAAUAAAUACUGUACAAUUUUGUCACACACGCUAUUUGCCUGUAAGUUACAAACUGAUGUGUGGCCUAAAUUACUCUUUAAAUAUUUUAUUUAUUAAU